GUCAGGCGUCUUUGAAGGGCACACUCCCUCUUGCAUCACGCCCCAAACCCACAAUUGACUAUCCCCAGGACAAGAAGAUGAGCCCCUUACCCGCACCGCGUCGCAUCGUGACCUCCAACCUUGCCGUCCCGGAGGGUCUCAAUAAAGUUGACAACUCAGAGCCGGCAGUCGAAGUAGUCAGCGAGGAGCUCCCUCUCGUGUCGGAACUGGGCGGGCUGUGGUUCGGACGGCCCGUCUUCACGCACGAGAAAGUGCCCACUUCAAAUACCGGGACCGACAUAACCGUGAAGCCAAUCCCGAACGGUGGGCUCUGCUUUCCCCAUGGCGCGAAUGUCAGAUACAACGAGAUCCCGCCUGGUGGUAAAGCUCCCAUGGGGUCUAUGGUUCUCAUAACCCCGGAUGAGGCCUAUGACCCUGGCACUUCGGACGUGUCGGGCAAGCUGCGGGAGACAGUCUGCAAUGUUGGCGACAUAGUCGUGCAGCGUGGCACAUUGCAUGCGUGGGAGAACCGGUCAGGAGAGUGGGCGCGCUUUAUCUCGGUGCUCAUCGCGUCGGAAGACAACACCGUGGACCGCGCCGAAGGAACAUCGCAGAAGCUGGAAGAAAGUUUCAAGAUGGUUCUAUAAGGGUGAACCUACCUUAUGAUCAUCUUCUCUACAAAGACUUGGAGACGAAUGCCCACAAUUUGAUCAGUUCUCGCCCCACUGCAUGUCUGCGGAUGCUCCGAAUCUGAUCUCGCGCGCGAAACUUGGUAGCCGAGUGUUUCGUUUUCUUUUCUAAUACCACCACAAAAAUAUCAGUAGGCAUCAUAAAUAUCGUGUUUCAACUCUUUUCCUGUGACGGAAAGCUGGCCGAGCUUGAUGUGCAUGUUGCACUACUACCUAGGU